AUGCUCAAUUUCACCGAUGUGACAGAAUUCAUUCUUCUUGGACUGACAAGUCACCGAGAAUUGCAAGUUAUGUUCUUUGUCAUCUUUCUAAUAGUUUAUGUAAUCACCAUUGUGGGAAAUGUGGGCAUGAUUAUACUAAUCAAAGUCAGUCCCCAGCUCAGCAGCCCUAUGUACUUUUUCCUCAGCCACUUGUCUUUUGUGGAUGUGUGGUUCUCCACCAAUGUUACACCCAAAAUGCUGGAAAAUUUGAUAUCGGAGACUAAAACUAUUUCCUAUGCCAGUUGUUUGGUUCAAUGUUUUUUCUUCAUUGCCCUUGUCCAUGUAGAAAUCUUUAUCCUGGCUGUGAUGGCCUUUGAUCGUUACAUGGCAAUUGGUAACCCUUUGCUCUAUGGCAGUAAAAUGUCAAGAAUUGUCUGUAUCCGGUUGAUCUCUUUCCCAUAUAUAUAUGGCUCACUCACUAGUUUGGCAGCAACAUUGUGGACUUAUGGGUUGUAUUUCUGUGGGAAUAUUGAAAUCAACCACUUCUACUGUGCAGAUCCUCCUCUUAUCAAGAUGGCCUGUGCCGGAACAUAUGAAAAGGAAUAUACAAUGCUCAAGCCAAAUUACACAGAUGUGACUGAAUUUAUCCUUUUGGGCCUAACUAGUCAACGGGACCUCCAAGUCCUCUUUUUUGUAGUAUUCUUAAUUGUGUAUGUUAUCACUCUGGUGGGCAAUAUUGGCAUGAUCAUGCUAAUCAGUGUCAGUCCCCAGCUCCAGAGUCCCAUGUACUUCUUUCUCAGCCAUUUGUCUUUUGUGGAUGUGUGGUUCUCUUCCAAUGUCACCCCAAAGAUGUUGGAAAACUUAUUAUCCAAGACCAAGACGAUUUCCUAUGUUGGGUGUUUAGUACAGUGUUAUUUUUUUAUUGCUCUUGUCCACGUAGAGGUCUAUAUCCUGGCUGUGAUGGCCUUUGAUCGAUUUAUGGCCAUCUGUAACCCUCUGCUUUAUGGGAGCAAAAUGUCAAAGACAGUUUGUAUUCGGUUAAUCUCAGUGCCCUAUGUUUAUGGCUUCUCUGUAAGCCUCAUUUGCACCUUGUGGACCUAUGGGUUGUAUUUCUGUGGAAACUUUGAAAUCAACCACUUCUAUUGUGCUGAUCCCCCACUCAUUAAGAUAGCCUGUGGUGGCAUCCACAUCAAGGAAUAUACCAUGAUCGUCAUUGCAGGAAUUAAUUUCACCUAUUCUCUGUCUGUGGUGUUGAUCUCUUACACAUUUAUUGUCGUGGCCAUCCUCCGCAUGCGGUCUGCAGAAGGGAGAAAGAAGGCUUUUUCCACCUGUGGCUCUCACCUCACAGCUGUUACUAUGUUUUAUGGGACACUCAUUUUCAUGUAUCUCAGGCGCCCCACAGAGGAGUCUGUAGAGCAGGGGAAAAUGGUGGCUGUGUUUUAUACCACAGUAAUCCCCAUGCUGAACCCCAUGAUCUACAGCCUAAGGAACAAGGAUGUAAAAGAGGCAAUGAACAAAGCUAUUCAUAGGGCUUGUUUUGUGAAAUAA